UAGCGCGCUCUUGCGUUUGUGGAGCCUGCGGGGGCGGUCGGAGCCAUGUGGGUCGCGUUGGGGCGAUCCCGCUGCUUCUCCUGCAGGGAGUCGGAAGUGGCUGCUUGGAGGGGGAGCGGAGCCGUGGCGGCCGGAGCCCGGAGUCGGCGGCUGAGCCCUGAGGCCGGCGGAGGCGGCGACCCCGCAGUGCCCGGCCUCCUUCCGGGCCGGCCCCUGGGCCGGGGCCUGCACGGGUCUCCCGUCGCCUGCGGCAAUAAGAAUUUGAUCAAGAAAUUUGCUUCGAAAACCAAAAAGAAGUUCUGGUAUGAAAGCCCUUCCCUGGGACCUUACCUAACACACAAUACAUCCAGCUGGGAAAAUCUAAUGAAACAUACUUCAAAGAAGACGAGGAAAGAAGAUAGUAUACGCAAAAGGGCCCUGGAUGGCAUUCUUUAUCAAGCAUUGUCAGACUUGAUCUCUACCUCUGAAGUGAAUCAAGAUGUCUAUGAUCUGAAUGUGGAGUUUUCUAAGGUGUCUCUUGCCCCAGAUUUCUCAGCCUGUCGUGUGUACUGGAAGACAUCCCUCUCCGCUGAGCGGAAUGAUCACAUAGAAACAGUUUUACAGAAGAGUGCUUCACGUUUCAGGCAUCUUUUGAUUACCCGUCAAAUCCUAAGAAAUGUUCCUCCAAUAGUAUUUAUUCGUGAUAAAGAAAGUGCAGCAAUAGCAGAGGUAAAUCGGUUAUUGGAAAUUGCUGACUUUGGACCCCCUGAUGAAAAAGAUUUGGCACAAAGUGACUCAAGUGAACAUAAGGCUUCAGCAGCUUUUGUAUCAUCUCGUGUGUCAGAAUCCACCGUUCAACCAAGUCUCUUUGGAAUUGACCAUGAGGCACUCCACAAACAGAUAAUGGAGUACAAAAGAAACAAAGGGAAAGGGCACGAAGGUGUAAGCAUUGCGAGUGCAGAGCAAGAGCAGGAGCAGGUAGCCAUGCUGCAGAAGCAGGUGAGGAAGAAAAUGAAGAAGGCAAAGCAUCCCAUGGAUGAUGACAUUACCCCCCAGGAAUAUUUCCUCAACAGAUAUUAUGAUAAUCAGCCGGAUAAUGAUGAUACACUUUUUGAAAAACAUAAACCAGAGUAUGAAUUGCAGGAAGCAUUAGAGAAAUUGGAGUUAGAGGAUAAUAGUGUUUGUAAAGAACAAAGUUCAUUAACUAUAGUUCUUGGAGAAAAUAAACUUAAGAAGUGUUAACUUUUC